UGUCGUUUCAAGGUUCAUUUGGUAAACCAUGCAGUAUAAAGUGCAAUGAAACCUACGCAGACAGAUGUUCUACUUCAGGUUCAGUCAACAUGCCGUGGUUGAUACUAGUUUUCGGUACAGUUUUAGCAGCUGCGGGUGAAGUUACAGGAUCGAUUGGAAUGCGGGAAUAUGUUGAUUCAGAGACGGGUGCGAAAUGGAUUUAUGCAGAACCACCGGAAACAUUCCGACAGGGGAAUCUUCAGUUGAUGUUCAGAGCGAUACGCGAACCUGAAGAACAACGUUCCAAAAGACCAACCGUUUCCCAUGAGAGUCUUGGCGAUGAAAACAUACCCAAGACCUUUGACGCACGGGAACAAUGGCCUCACUGUCCAACCAUUGGCCAAAUCAGAGACCAGUCGAGCUGUGGAUCUUGCUGGGCUUUUGGAGCAGUGGAGGCGAUGAGCGACCGUUUGUGUAUUCACUCAAAUGGUACUUUUACUAAAAGCCUAAGUUCCAUUGACUUAGUUUCUUGCUGCGGAUACUGUGGUUUUGGCUGUCAGGGAGGCUAUCCUCCUGCCGCAUGGGAUUUUUGGCAAGCGUAUGGCAUCGUCACCGGAGGUUCGAAAGAAGACCCCAUGGGUUGCCGUUCAUAUCCAUUUCCGAAAUGCUCUCACCACGGAUCAAAGAAGUACCCGCCGUGUCCACACAGAAUUUACGACACGCCAAAAUGUGUACCAAAAUGCGACACGCCCAACAUCGAUUAUGAGACUGACAAGACAAGAGCUAACAUCACUUACAAUGUACAACGAUCCCAAAUGGCGAUAAUGAAGGAGAUCAUGAUCAACGGACCAGUCGAAGCAGCGUUUGAGGUUUACGAAGACUUUCUCGGUUACAAACAAGGUGUGUAUUUCCAUUCCACUGGCGAGUUUAUUGGUGGUCAUGCCAUUCGCAUUUUGGGCUGGGGAGAAGAGAACGGCACACCCUAUUGGUUGAUCGCAAAUUCAUGGAACGAAGGCUGGGGUGAAGAUGGAUACUUUAAAAUGUUGCGUGGAAAAAAUGAGUGUGGAAUUGAAGAUGAAGUCACUGCGGGUUUACCAGAAUUGUCCAUCAUUCCACCUAAGUGAUUUUGGUCAUUUGUAAGUUGACGCCUUACUCUCAAUAUACAGCGUCCUGCAAAACAGAUGUCUUGUCCCCAAAAAUUC